AUGAUGAGUUCUAGUGGCAGCGAGCAAAUGAUUCGAUCUCCUGUGAAGGGAGGAGAAAAUAAAGCAUCAUUAGAAGGGCUUCCCUUGGAAAGCAGUCCCUAUGUGAAGUACACGGAUUUGAAGGACUACAAGAACAUAGCUUACGGCACCCAAGGCCACCUCGAGCCCAAGCCCGGCCAUGGUGGCGGCACUGACGCUCCCACACUCUUUGGGAGUGGCCUCUCCAGCAACCAACAUGUCGGGAGUUGA